AUGAAUCCUACAAGUUCUGCAACCAAGCCACGACAGCGCAAGCGCGAUCGCGUCCAGAACCUCUUUUCGAAGCUCGGAAUCGGGUCGCGUCCGGAUUCGCCUACUCCUUCGAUUUCCCAGUCUGGCUCAAGUUCCGCUCGAGACCUCAACCUGGAUGUACGUGGGAGACAAGGAGAGAUUUCUGUGCCCACCGAGGACCCCCCUCAAAGCACUACUGUCGCCCAGAGCACCGACGGCGACCGCCCCAUCACCGAGGAUGCACUAUCCGUGGGCGGCAAGGAAAUUCAGCCCACCGACAUCGCGUCCAUUGGAGAUAGGGCCCACACUCGCCCACAGAGCUCAGCCGACACCACAAUUGCGCCCACCACACGCACCAACGCUGCGGACACGCCGGUCAUGUCCAGCGCCGAUGGAGAUGUUACCACCCCUGGAAUUGCGACGGAUGAAGGAUCAGUGCCAUCGACUGCGCGCACCAUCUUCUAUGGCACCAAGGAAGUCUUACGAGUCAUCAAAGAGACCACCGAUGUAUUCCCUCUGGUCAAAAGCGUCGCGGCCGCGAUGCUGGAAAUCCUCAACAUGUUCGAUACCGUUGAAGACAACCGCGACGAGGUCAAGAAGCUCCUAAUUCAAGACAGACUGGGCGGCUUGGCAAGGAUGCUGGAACAAAAGGUGUCAGAGAUGAAGAGAAAGUUGGACGAUUCGAAAGUAAAGCGGGUUUUUAAUGCGACGGAGGAUGAGAAGGAAAUUCAACGGGCAGUUGAAGAGGUCAGGUUCGCGAUCGAGAUUGCGAUGCUGGAUGUUAGUAUCUCGGGCCAUAGGGUGACAGUUCAGGUAGCGGAGGGAAUGGGUUGGGUGAAGGAGAAGGUGGUGGAGACGAGGGAUAUGGUCGCGGGAGCGAAGGAGGUCGUUGAAUGGUUGAAGAAGAACGAAUACCUCAAGAGGAUCAAGACCGUCACCGGAGCCGAGUUCAAGCAAGGAGACCGCCAAGGAUGCAUCCCGGGAACCCGCGUCGCCCUUUUGGCGAGCCUCCUUCGCUGGGCGAAGGACCCGACCUCCCCUUCGAUCUUUUGGCUUUGCGGCAUGGCCGGUACUGGCAAGACGACGGUGUCGGAGACUUUCUGCACUCAGCUCCGCGUAGAGGGUCUCUUGGGGGCCAGCUUUUUCUGCUCGUUGGACGACGCUGCCAGGAGAGACGUCCGCCGCAUCAUACCCUCCCUUGCCAGGUCCCUUGCAAGGGCUCGCCCCAAGUUUGCGGAGCAGCUCGUUAAGACGCUCGAAUCCGACGAGUACCCCGACGACCCCAUCGCUAUGAACCUCGAAGAUCAGUACCGCGUUCUCAUACUCGACCCCGUCAGGCAAGCGUUCGACGCCGACAUGCCCCUCACUCUCAGCAUUGACGCCCUCGACGAAUGCCCCAAAGAUGCUAUUAAGCUCCUCUUGAAGGCGAUUCUGUCCCAGUCAUCCCCGCCGUCGCUCAAGGUGUUCUUGACAAGCCGUCCCGAGGACCACCUGGAAGAUCGUUUCACAAGUUACGAUAAGCAUCGCCAGCUACUCCUUCAUGAUGUCGAACAACACAUCGUCCAAGCGGAUAUUGCCGUCUACCCACGCCACGCCCUGUUGCAGAUCAGCGAUCUCGAAGGCCAUGUUCAGUUCAGCUUGAGCUUGACCCACUGUGCGCAACUGACACUUCUGGAUUCUAGUAUGCCUAUGAAUCAGACUGUGCUUUGCGCAGCUGCCUCGCCCUGGAAGUGA